UAUCCAGAAACAUGCACUUUUCUGUCGCAUAGGUUUGUCAAUUUGACGUUCUAGAGUUUUUGUGGUGAACAAAUUAGUAAAAAAGGCGAUAAUAGAGCCUUAAAUAUAUUUUUUAUAAACAUUUUUGUACAAGACUUUACAGUAUGAUCAACAGACCUAACGUCCACAGGCGAAAAAUCAAAUUUCGUUCUGAUUACAUCGAUUUAUAACCAUCAUUUAUUUCAUAAAUUUGCAUAUCGAAAAUAUUACAUAAAUAAAAAUAAAGAGAUUCCAUCAUUGAGCCUCUUGCAAUGGCCCAAGUAGUCGGGCAGAAGCGCCGUGGAAUAACCAGUGGCGAUACAUCGUCGGGGAACUCCACUCAACUUCCCACAUUAGCCUCUGCCGCAGGUGCAUUAACUGACGAAUUAGCUGCUCUAUUCGAAUGUCCAGUAUGCUUCGAAAUAGUCCUACCUCCUAUAAUGCAGUGUCAAGUGGGUCAUUUAGUUUGUGCCAGUUGCCGGCCGAAAUUAUCAUGUUGUCCAACUUGCCGGGGUACCUUGGGUAAUAUUAGGAACUUAGCUAUGGAAAAGGUAGCCAAUAAUUUGAUGUUCCCGUGCAAGCACAAGUCCACCGGCUGUAGAAUGUCUUUAGGACUGAAUGAAAAAGCAGAGCAUGAAGAAAUUUGUGAAUACCGCCCUUAUAGUUGUCCCUGUCCAGGAGCUUCCUGUUCGUGGCAGGGACAAUUAGAUAAAGUUAUGGUCCACUUGCAACAUUCCCAUAAGAAUAUCACCACCUUAAAUGGAGAAGACAUUGUGUUUUUAGCGACGGAAAUCAAUUUAGCUGGAGCAGUGGACUGGGUCAUGAUGCAAAGCUGUUUUGGGCACCAUUUCAUGCUGGUUUUAGAAAAACAAGAAAAAACUGAUGGCCACACUCAGUUUUUUGCGAUUGUUCAAUUAAUUGGCUCCAGAAAGCAAGCCGAGAGAUUUGCCUACAGAUUGGAAUUAAAUGGUAACAGACGACGUCUUAUAUGGGAAGCAAUGCCGCGUUCGAGUCACGAAGGUGUUGCCUCAGCUAUAAUGGGUUCAGAUUGUUUGGUAUUUGAUAAUUCUAUCGCCCAGCAUUUUGCAGAUAAUGGGAAUUUAGGUAUUAAUGUUACCAUUUCUUUAGUUUGCUAAAUAAUUUUAACAUCAAAUUCGUUUUAUUUUUUAUUAACUUGAAACCAAUUAGUAACUUUCUUUGAAUUAUUUCUGGAAGUUAUUGUUUAGUUUCAAGUAUUCACUUGUAUAAUUUUGUUAGAUACUGACUGGUAAGAUUUUACAUUUUCUAUGUAUCGAUUAUGUCCUUGCAAAAUAAGUUAUUCCUAUGUACUGUUUCCUCGUUUUUGGAUAUUUCAUUUAAAGGCAUAAAAUAUUUAUGUUUGAAAUGGGAAGGAUAUCUUUUGUAUAUAUUUGAGAAAAAAUAAAUAAUGCAUUAAAAA